AUGACCACCGUUUACCGACCGACCUGUACCUCAGAAUUCACCGGGCGCUGGUCGAAGUGCAACACCCGACCGUCUCGCAACAUCUCCACGGUGAUCUUUGAUCGAAAGAAGAAAGAUGAAUUACUCACCGACAUCAAUGAAUACCUGCAUCCUCGCACGCACCUGUGGUAUUCAGACCAUGGAAUUUCUUACCGACGAGGAUAUCUGUUUUCCGGGGCGCCUGGAAUGGGAAAGACAAGUCUGACAUCCGCGCUUGCCGGCCUCUUCGGACUGAAUAUCUACGUUCUGAGUCUUCUCGACCCACACCUGAACGAAUCAAAGUUAAUGAAACUGAUGUCCGACAUCAUCCCCUCGCGGUGCAUUGUCCUGCUGGAAGACGUUGAUGCCGCCGGACUCGGCCGGCGGAACCUGAGGGGGGAAGAAAUAAAAACUGCAGCAGACUCAUUGAAGUUAGGAGCUGCAGAUUUCUCAGCUACUCAGCUGUAUACGCCGCCUCCCUCGGGCGCUCAAACACCAAUCCGUACAAUCUCGCUGUCGGGGCUUCUCAAUGCGAUCGACGGGGUCUCUGCCCAAGAAGGACGAAUCCUGAUCAUGACAACCAAUUCACCGGAAAGCCUUGACGCCGCUCUGAUGCGGGAGCUGUUCAUCAAUAUGUACAGUGAUCUGUCGAUUGACGUGUCAGAACAGACGAAGGACCCCGCGCCAAGCCUGGACGCUAUGGCUGACACUUUUGCCUCGUCGAUCCCGGAAAGGUCGGUUAGCCUGGCGAGAUUGCAGGGCUAUCUGUUGCAGUACAAGCAGUGCCCACAGGAAGCAAGUGGAGAUAUCCUCGAGGUUUAUAACUCAGAAACCUCAUUCAAGACAUUUGGAUUUAUCCAGCAUUACUCAUUAACGAAACUCUUUCUCAUAGUAUACGUCAUCGUUGUUGGCACAGGCCCGACUCAGUCUGGGCUGGAAAGAGACUUUCAACAACAAUCAUCUCUCGGAGUCCGCGUCGCGGUCAACACUAUGAACCUUAUGAUGCAAACAUCCGAGCAAGGCGCAAGAACCUAUAUCAGUGGCCUGAUGCUUGGCGAACAAGGCCAUGCGCAAUUUGGGCAAUGGGACUCACUUAAUAGGCCUGCGAAGUGGUGUUCGGACCCGAAUGCUAUUAUGCGAUCGGAGCGAGUGUGGGCUAGCGUGCUCACUGCGGUUGAAAGGGACUUUUCUGGGGCCGAGAAGCUUGUAGCAAGAGUGAGGGAUGGUGUCUCGAGUCAGUGA